CUUUAAUUUAUUGAUAUACAUAUGGUCCAGAAAAGAGGACGUUCGGAAUCCACGAUGCGCGUGACGCAAAGGGACAAUUUGCGACAGCGCCCUCUGUCGGCGGCUCGGUGUCGGGAGCUCGGAAAGCCGCUAAACGCUAAGCGCUAAGCGGCUAAGUGGGAUGCAUCUACCCAAGAAAUGUUCGAAAUGUUCGGCCUUCCGCGUGGUGCUGAGCGCUCUGCUGCUGGUGGCGCUGCUCCAGCUCCUCUACUUGUCCUUCCUGUCCAAGCUCCACGGCAAGCAGCAGCGUUACCGCUACUCGGAGCUCUUCGGCGGCUCCGGCCCCAGGAGCGCGGCCCGCUCCGAGAGCAACUCCCGCAAGGAGCGACUGCGCUACUCCCUCUCCACCGGGGGCAUCUUUGACCACAGCGGGCAGUACCGCGUGUACAAGAACUUGGUCCAGAGCGAUUUCACCGGCGACCCGGGUUCCAACGUGCUCACGUUGGCCACCCACACGAGCGUGAACAACCUCCACCACCUGCGGGAUCUCGCGGAGAGGUGGCGCAACCCGCUGUCGGUGGCCAUAUUCGCGCACGGCCAGGACGUCAAGUUCGCCACUGCCCUGGUCUACGCUCUGGGGGUUCUGUGCCCCCACGUGCAGGCCCUGGUGGACUUCCACCUCGUGUGCCUUUCCGGGGAGACGGCCAGCUUCCCCGAACAGGAUCACCGGCACUUCACCGGCCUGGACGACUGCGGCGCCGUCUUCUCCCGGCUGGAAGCCCACGGGAGCAAAUAUAAGAACUACGCCAUCGGCGCAAACGUCUCCUACCCGAACAACCUCCUUCGGAACGUGGCCAGGGGGGGCGCCGAGUCCCCCUACAUCCUGGUGGUCGACAUCGACAUGAUGCCCGCCGCCGAUCUGCACCCGCAGUUCCUGGCGAUGGUCGCGAGGCGCCAGCCCGCAGCCGACCGCGUGUUCGUCUUGCCGGCCUUCGAGAUCCGGCACCCCAGGAAGAUCCCCGCCACCAAGGCCGAGCUGGUGCAGCUCUACCAGGUGGGCGAGGUGCGAGCUUUCUACGAGGAGUUGUGCCCCCGGUGCCAAGCCCCCACCAAUUACUCCAGGUGGGUCAACAGCCACGCCGAUGACAUUCUGGACGUGGCCUACACGCUCACCUGGGCGGACCCCUGGGAGCCUUUCUACAUCGGCCCGCGGACCGUCCCCCUCUACGACGAAAACUUCAAGCAGUACGGCUUCAAUCGAAUCAGUCAGGCCUGCGAGCUCCACGUGGCCGGGUACAAGUUCUCCGUGCUCAACUCGGCCUUCCUCGUCCACCGUGGCUUCAAGAUCCAGGGCGAGUUCCACGCCAGAAAGGAUGAGGAGAACCAGCGCAACAGGCUCCUGUUCCGCAGCUUUAAAGAGGCCCUGAAGAGCAAAUACCCGGCGUCAAGCAGGCGGUGCUAAAAAGACCCAAAACCCAAAAACAAACAAUCGGGGGUUUCGAGAGUCGGCGGCCGUCGCUUCUGAGACCUGGUUGAGGAACUGAUGUUGAUGUGUGUGCUUUGACCUUCUUAGUUCCAGAGACUCUUUCCAAAAAAAAUGUGACUAGCAUGCUUGGGGUCAGUUAUUUGAUUUUUGGGUCUGGUGCCCCAGAGAUUCUCGAUGGGGUUUAGAUCCAGUCAAGCAAUGCGAUGGCAUGGGUGGGGUCAGUUAUUUGAUUUUUGGGUCUGGUGUCUCAGAGAUUCUCAAUGGGGUUUAGAUCCAGUCAAGCACUGCAAUGGCAUGGGCGGGGUCAGUUAUUUGAUUUUUGGGUCUGGUCUCCCAGAGAUUCUCAAUGGGGUUUAGAUCCAGUCAAGCACUGGGAUGGCAUGGGGCAUCAAACCAAGUUUUGGUGCUGACGCCGGAAGAAUAUUCUCGUGGACUGUUGCGGACCUUGGUCUUUUAUCAGAACCUGCACCCCUCAUCGUGACCGUGGAGUAGCUUUGGUUCUGUUCUCCGCACGUCUUCCACCGAACCCUUUGGACCUUGAUUCCCUAAUGCCCGACAGUCCAGUCCUUCUUCCUACGCAGGAUCAGAAAAACCCGACAGUCGUCGCCCAUCUCCCAGAUGGGCCUGGACGUGCUGGUUUUUCAAGUUGUGGCUCCCGCCUCGUUCACGCUCAUUCUGGACCUCUUCAAGAACCAUUCCAACAAACUCUUUUGCAGAUUUGGACUAUUCAAUGUCUUAAAACAUUCUACAGGACAACAAAAAAUAUUUUUUAUCUAAAAUUAGCAAUCGUUAACGCGUUCUCGAUAUCCCCACGGGCCGGAUCAGACCCCCCCCCCCCCUACGAUGGACCCGUUCUGGCCCCCGAGCUCUACGUUUGGCACCCCCCCCCCCCCCCGAUUGAAACCAUUUUAUGGCCUGGAAAAUUUGGACUUCACGCGAUUCCAAAUUUUUUGAAUUCCUAAUUUCGUGGUUUUUAUGACCCGAAAGGCCAAAUUAGGUGAAAAUGAACCAAAUACUGGAGAUUGUUUUACUACUGUGCCCUGAAUCCAUAAGAUAUGAAAUGUAAACUUUUUUGAAUGGAGUAUAUCCACGAUAUUCCAUUUUAUUAUUAUUUUUUUUAAAGGGUCUGUCCCAGGUGUGCUCUGAUCCGGAUUUUAUGCUACUGAUUCUGCUACCGAUACCGUUCGUAUGGAUUACAUGUACAUUUUUAUUUAUUUAUUUAUUUUUGCUCAGCGAUUGGCUAGCAACCAAUUCCGGGUCCUGCCCGUUGAAAGCUGGGACAGGGUCCGGCACCCGCGACCCUUGUGAGGAUAAGCGGCUCGGAAAACGGAUGGGCGGACGGAUGAACGGAUGUGUACAUUUUUCAAUAUGUUUUCGGCGGGGAUGCGACACGCGGGCCGGGCGAUUAUUGUCCGGUUAUUAAGUUUAGCAAAACUACGCUUUAAAUAUAAUUAGAUUAUUAAUUAAUUAUUAAAAUUAGAAGCAGAAUAACAACAAAAACAACAAAAAUAAAUAAAUAGAAAUGUCAAAAUAUAAAGAAAAAAUGAAUAGUAGUGGCGAAAAAUGUGCCAAUACAUUUAGCUAUGACUGUAUUGUCUACUUGUCACCCCCCCAAAAAAAAAUCCUACCAUUUUGGCAUAAAAAAAAUACAUAUUUUUAAAAUCUUGUUCACCUAAAAAAGGAAACCUUUAUGUCAUAAAAAAAUUAUAUACUAUAAUAAAUUGUCUUUUUAUACAAUGACUGUUCCCGCUAUACAUGCGUUAGCCUCUUGCUACAACGCUAAAAGAAAGUGGCCUCCGAAUUGAAAUAUUCAUUUUUCAAAGAUUACGAAGAAUAUAUAUCCCAGUGAGCGUUGCCAUAGUAACGGUCUGCAUCGGUUACUGCGGGGUUUGCGUAUGAAUAUGUCACUUUUUAAGAUAAACCCCCUCCUUUAAUCGAUCGAAUGCUAACAUUAGCGAAACGGGGUUUUCCAUCGACCGUUAGCGCAAGCUAGCGAUUCAUAAAGCGCCUUGUAUUUGAAUACAAAGCGACUUACGUAUAUUAAAUAUGGUCGCUCAAAUUUCGACUGCACAGGUGUUCUCCAAGGUGGAUUACGACGAGUAGCGACAAACGUGUUGACGGCGGAAAUCGGGUGGAUCGGGAAAAUCCCCUCCCCCGCCGAGAUUUUCGACGAUUUCUAUUUAUCCGAAUUGUGCGCUUGACGUGUGAACGGCGCGGCGUGUCCGUUUUUGUCCCGCUUGAUGCUUUGCGACUGUCGAUAAAUUUGCCGUGACGACGGCGACAUUUGUUUCCGGCUGGUCUUUUCCAUUUCCAUCGGAAAGUUCUGGGGAAGGUUCCGUUUCUGGGUGAAUUUGUUUGAGAUCAAAAGUAAAAUUGUGACGUUAAAUGAUUUCAUCAGUAUGUAUGGAUGCGCCACGGGUCAUAUGAGAUUGAGGAAGGGCCGUUUUUGGCCCGCCGGCCACCAGUUGAAUAUCACUGAACAAGCCCACGGCCUGGAUUGCGGAUCGACAUUUUAUUCAGAUGAUACGUACUCUAGUAAAAUCAUUUUUGUGAGGAUGAGCGGUGCAGAAAAUGGAUGACGCGAGGGCGUUCGUUUCCCCCGAAUCGCAACUUUCGCACGGCAUAACUGGGAGAGUGAAUAAUUAGUGGCAAGCUUUUACAGUGAAGAAAAAAAGUAUUUGAACACCCUUCUGCUAUGUUCCAAGUUCUCCCACUGAGAAAUCAUGGAGGGGUCUGAAAUUUUCAUCGUAGGCGCGUGUGCGCCAUGAGAGAGAUAAUCUAAGAAGAAAUAUCCAGAAAUCACAAUGUAUGAUUUAUUUGUGUGAUACAGCUGCAAAUAAGUAUUUGAUCCCCUGCCCAUCAGCUAGAAUUCUGUCCCUGUCCCUGUCGUGAAUACACGAAGAUAACAAAUCAUGUGGCGGACCGGAUCUAACCCCCGGGCCAUGAGUUUGACACCUGGGUUAUCAUUUAUGAUGUGACUAUUUGAAAUUUUGGGACAGAUUUGAACAAAAACCACAGAAGUUAAUCAACAUGAUUUAGCUUUGCGGGCCACAUAAAGUCACGCGGUGGAUCUGGCCCCCGGGCCUUGAGUUUGACACCUGUGUCGUCAACGUUAUCAUUUAUGAUGUGACAAUUUGAAAUUUUCGGAGAGAUUUCAACAAAAAUCACGGAAGUUAAUCGACAUGAUUUAGUUUCACGCCCCACAUGAAACCAUCUGGCGGGUCGGAUCUGGGCCCCCGGGCCUUGAGUUUGACACCUGGGUCGUCAACAUCAUCAUUUAUGAUGUGACAAUUUGAAAUUUGGGGACAGAUUUGAACAAAAAUCACAGAAGUUAAUCGACAUGAUUUAGCUUUGUGGGCCACGUAAAAUCACGCGGCGGGGCGAAUCGGGCCCCCGGGCCUUGAGUUUGACACCUGUGUCGCCAACAUUAUCAUUUAUGAUGUGACAAUUUGAAAUUUUGGGACAGAUUUGAACAAAAAUCACAGAAGUUAAUCGACAUGAUUUAGCUUCACGGGCCACGUAAAAUCACGCGGCGGGGCGGAUCUGGCCCCCGGGCCUUGAGUUUGACACCUGGGUCGUCAACAUCAUCAUUUAUGAUGUGACAAUUUGAAAUUUGGGGACAGAUUUGAACAAAAAUCACAGGAGUUAAUCGACAUGAUUUAGCUUCACGGGCCACGUAAAAUCACGCGGCGGGGCGGAUCUGGCCCCCGGGCCUUGAGUUUGACACCUGGGUGGUCAACAUCAUCAUUUAUGAUGUGACAAUUUGAAAUUUUGGGACAGAUUUGAACAAAAAUCACAGGAGUUAAUCGACAUGAUUUAGCUUCACGGGCCACGUAAAAUCACGCGGCGGGCCGGAUCUGGCCCCCGGGCCUUGAGUUUGACACCUGGGUCGUCAACAUCAUUAUUUAUGAUGUGACAAUUUGAAAUUUGGGGACAGAUUUGAACAAAAAUCACAGGAGUUAAUCGACAUGAUUUAGCUUCACGGGCCACGUAAAAUCACGCGGCGGGGCGGAUCUGGCCCCCGGGCCUUGAGUUUGACACCUGUGUCAUCAACGUUAUCAUUUAUGAUCUGACAAUUUGAAAUUUUCGGAGAGAUUUCAACAAAAAUCACGGAAGUUAAUCGACAUGAUUUAGUUUCACGCCCCACAUGAAACCAUCUGGCGGGUCGGAUCUGGGCCCCCGGGCCUUGAGUUUGACACCUGUGUCGCCAACAUUAUCAUUUAUGAUGUGACAAUUUGAAAUUUUGGGACAGAUUUGAACAAAAAUCACAGAAGUUAAUCGACAUGAUUUAGCUUCACGGGCCACGUAAAAUCACGCGGCGGGGCGGAUCUGGCCCCCGGGCCUUGAGUUUGACACCAGUGCUGUCAACGUUACCAAAUAUUAACAUUGUUUUUCCACAGGUGUUCAAAUACUUAUUUCCUUCACUGUAGGUCGAUACCAUGUCAUAAAACUGUCAUCCAAGAAUACAUUUUUUGAAGAUGACGAUUGUUUGCCGGUUAUUCACCAUGGUGGGAAAGUACUGUUGAUUCAGGUAUUUGCC